UGAUCUAAAAUCAGACAUGAUAGCAGCUCUAUAGAUUCAGAGCCAAACAGUAAAACUUCCUCUGGAUCUGUGGCAUUAAAUCCACUUGAGAUCCAGACGUCCUGACCAGAUCCUGCAGAGAAAAGAAACAAUAUUUGAACGUGGAUCAUUUGGACUCGGCUGCUUGGAUGUGUGUUUGGAUUUGAAAGGUUUUAUUGUGAAGCAGAAAGUUGAUGAAGUUCACAGUGAAGACGACUUCAGUCCACCUGAAACCUGGUUUCACUCAAACCGUCUUUAUUCACUUUAAGUUUCUGAUGCAACAAGAAGGAAGAAAAGGUCAAAGGUGAACCAGAGAUCGACUCCAUGUUGCUCACAGAUGUGAUGGGAUCAGUUUGCACAGCUGUUGUUCAAGGAGAACAGUUUUAUUUUCCAGCUUUUGACGAAAUCAUCUGAAUGUUGUGACUCGUUUCCCAUCAAAUCCCUGACAGGAGAAGCAAAACCUCACGUCUCCAACAUGAAACUGCAACAGGAUGCAGAACUUCCACCGAGCGUCACGUCACUCACAGCAGAUCAGGAGCCUCGCUCUUCUCCUAAACACCGCCUAAAACCUGGGACAAGGGGUUAAAGGUCAUCUCCUGCACCUAGUGCAACAUUUCACUUCUUAUGAGAGCGGGUCUCAGUUUAGAGGCCAAAACCAGCAAGAAGCUUCAGAGUUUUCCUGCAACGUAGCUCUGGUCUAUUGGCUUCAGUGAGGCUGGUUUUACUGAAGAUGUGUUCAGGUCAGCAGGAAAAUUCAGCGCUGAUACAGGCGGGACGAGCGACUCAACCUCUGAUGAUGAUUGGAUAAAAAUUUAUAUGUUCAGAUCUACAUGAGAUGAAACAGUUAAUUUUCCUCACAUAUCAGGACAUUCUCCAUCGGUCACCCUGCCGUCGUUCUGGAUUUAUUCAUUAUUUACAUCAUCAAUAGAAAUUGUUCAACCAGAUGUUUAUCUCUGUUUUAAUUUUCACUUUUAUAAAGUCAAAGCAAGUCAGCUUACAUUACUGUUGUUAAAUAAGAGUCACUGCAGGAUUUUAUUCCGUCUGAUUAGAAAUUAAAUGUCUUGUAAAUAGUUUAAGACAGCAGCUUUAUUUUAUGAUUUAAAACAGUUUUUAUUACAUAUAUAACUCCAAACAUUGAAUUAAAAUAUGUCAGAAUAUUAUUUGAGUUAGUAAACUGUCAAUAUGAUUCAGGAAGACUGUUUGUUUUCUCUAAACUCCACAUUAAGUGAAUAUUAACUGUAAAUAAUGCAGCAUGAUCAGGGCUGUAGUUCCCACUAUGGCCACCAGAUGGAGGAAAUACCCCUUUCUGAAAAUAGAGGCGAGAUUGUGGAGCUGCAGCUGGUUUCUGGAAAUUGUGUUUUAUCUGUCAGUGUGAACUAGAAGCGGCUCCACAGAUGAAAACAUCCCGCAGAGACUCUGAGCGGAGCUAACGAUGCUAACAGACGAGCAGCGGCUUCAGGGGAGCUGUGGCUCCUAAACUGGAGCUUCAGCUCCAACAGAGCUGAAUCAAAGCUCUACAGCUCUGGUUUAUACGCUAAGAUACUGAGCUUCCGGUCUAAAGGGGGAGGAGUCUAAGAUGCUUCCAGAUGCUUAAAGUCACCUUGAAGGGGGCGGAGCCUCAGGUACGGAUGAGGAUCAGGACUAACAGGUUCAGACUCCAGUUAGCAGCAGAGCAGAGUCUGGAUCUGGUCCAGAAGAUGGAAGAUCUGGAUCUAAAAGAACCUCCAGGAUCCAUCAGUCCAUCUAUGAAGAGUGACCGGUCCAAACCAGAACCUCCACUCUUCAGUACUGAACCUGGACCCUCAGACAGAAAGAGGAGCUUUAAUGAGGAGGAGCUUCCAUCCUGCUGUGCUUUGGGUCAGAAUGUUCUGAUGGAUCCGGGCUGGACCAGCUGCCCCCAGUAUGGGAAACGACCCAGAACAGGAUCCAGACUCCUGAUAGCCAAUCAGAGCAGCCGUGCUCCAGAUGUUGGUCUGCAGGAGGUUCUAGAGGAACAUAAGAUCAGUCUGAGGAGAAGAUGUGAACGUGUGACUGAAGGAAGUGAUGAAACAGGAAGUAGAACCCUCCUCAAUAGGAUCUACACUGAUCUCUUCAUCACAGAGGGACAGAGUGACGAGGUUAACACCCAGCAUGAGGUGAAGCAGCUGGAGAGAGCUUCCAAGUUCCAGAACCUCCAUGUUUCUGCAAUCAGGGUCCACGACCUUUUUAAAGCCUUCCCUGAUCAACAUGGAGCCGUCAGAGUGGUUCUGACCAACGGCGUUGCUGGUGUUGGAAAAACCUUCUCAGUGCAGAAGUUCACUCUGGACUGGGCUGAGGGCUUGGAGAACCAAGAUGUCAGUGUGGUGGUUCUGCUUUCGUUCAGGGAGCUGAACUUGAUCAGAGAUAGGCAGCACAGUCUUCUCUCUCUGCUCCAUGUUUUCCAUCCAACACUCCAGAAGCUCCCAGCAGAGCAACUGGCUAAAUGCAAACUCCUCUUCAUCCUUGACGGUCUGGAUGAAAACAGACUUUCAUUGGACUUCAACAACAGUCAUCUGGUUUCUGACGUCACACAGAAAUCAUCGGUUAAUGUUCUGCUGACAAACCUCAUCAAGGGGAACCUGCUUCCCUCGACUCUCAUCUGGAUAACUUCCAGACCUGCAGCGGCCAAUCAGAUCCCUCCUUCAUGUGUUACCAGGGCAACAGAAGUACGAGGCUUCACCGAUGCCCAGAAGGAGGAGUACUUCAGGAGGAGGUUCAGUGAUGAAGAGCUGUCCAGCAGAAUCAUCUCCCACAUCAAGACCUGCAGGAGCCUCCACAUCAUGUGUGGAAUCCCAGUCUUCUGCUGGAUCACUGCUACAGUUCUGGAGAACAUGGUGACCUCAGAGCAGAGAGGAGAGCUGCCCAAGACCAUGACUGACAUGUACUCUCACUUCCUGCUGGUCCAGACAAAGAGGAAGAAGAACAAGUACCAUGGAGGACAUGAGGCAAGUCCACAGGAGCUGAUGGAGGCUGACAGGGAAGUUCUUCUGAAGCUGGGGAGGCUGGCGUUUGAACAUCUGGAGAAAGGAAACAUCAUGUUCUACCAAGAAGACCUGGAGCAGUGUGGUCUGGAUGUCACAGAGGCCUCAGUGUACUCAGGAGUUUGUACAGAGAUCUUCAAAAGAGAGAGUGUGAUCUUCCAGAAAUCAGUCUACUGCUUUGUUCAUCUGAGCAUCCAGGAGUUUCUGGCUGCAGUCUACAUGCUCCACUGCUUCACCAGCAGGAAGUCAGAGGAGAUCAAGACGUUCCUGGGAGACGAAUACAGAGAAACAUCUCUAGAUGAGUUCAUGAAGAAAGUCAUGGAGAAAUCCCUCAGCAGUCAAAAUGGCCACCUGGACCUGUUCGUCCGCUUCCUUCAUGGUCUCACUGUGGAGUCCAACCAGAGAGUCUUAGAAGAUCUGCUGGGUCAGACAGAGACCAGUCCAGAAACCAUCCAGAGAAUCAUCACCAACCUGAAGGAGAUGAACACUGAUAAAAUUUCUCCUGACAGAAGCAUCAACAUCUUCUACUGUCUGGUGGAGAUGAACAACGUCUCAUUUUAUCAGGAGAUCCAACGGCUGCUGGAUUCAGGGAAGCAGCUCUCAGUGACUAACUGUUCAGCUCUGGCCUUCAUGCUGCAGAUGUCAGAGGUUCUGGAUGAGUUGGACCUGGAGAAGUACAACACAUCAGAAUCUGGACGACGGAGACUGGUUCCAGCUGUGAGGAACUGCAGAAAGGCUCGACUUGGUGGAUGUUUGCUCCAAAAGGCUGAAUGUGAAGUUUUGGCCUCGGCUCUGAAGUCCAACCCAGAUCUGACUGAACUGGAAAUAAAUCAGAUCUACAUGUAUAAAGGUGGAGAAUCUGAUAUGAAGCAUCUGGUUGAGAUCCUGGAGAAUUCAGUCAGUAAAGUGAAGAAACUGAGAUUGAUUUUCUGCAGUUUCUCAGAGACCAGCUGGACGUCUCUAUUCUCAGCUCUGAAGUCCAACCCGACCCGUCUGACAGAACUGGACCUGAACAGAACCAACCUGGAAGGUUCUGGACUGAAGGAUCUCUGUGGUUUUCUAAAGACUGAAGGCUGCAGACUGGAGACAUUGAGGUUGUGGAGAUGCAGUUUGUCAAAGAUCAGCUGUGAUUAUUUGGCCUCGACUCUGAAGUCCAACCCGACCCGUCUGACAAGACUGGACCUGCAAGGAAACCACCUGGAGGAUUCAGAUGUUCAGCAGCUGAAGGAUCUUGUAAAGACUGUAAAGUAA